GGCGCUCGUUUGAUUUCAAAUCAACUUCUCAUCCAUGAGCUUCGCAAGACUAUUCCGACCCCUCAUCGGUUCUCCAUUUCGAGCCCAGAAUCGAUCUGUCCCAGCCCAAGCGCAGCACAUCCGAGCCAUGCAUAUCCAAUCGAUUCCCAUGUGGACGGGGAAGGGCAAUAACUACGCCUACCUCGUGACGGACGAGCCAACCAAGCAGUCCGUGAUCAUUGACCCGGCCAACCCGCCAGAAGUAGCACCGGUGCUGAAGAGCCAUAUCGCAGAUGGCAAGAUUGAUCUGACAGCUAUUGUUAAUACUCACCACCAUUGGGAUCACGCGGGCGGCAAUGAUGAAUUGCUCAAAAUCUUCGGCAAGCUCCCCGUUAUCGGGGGUAGGAAUUGUCAAUCGGUGACGCAGACCCCGGCGCAUGGAGAGACGUUCAAGAUCGGAGAGCGCAUCUCCGUAAAAGCCCUCCACACGCCCUGCCAUACCCAAGAUAGUAUCUGCUAUUUCAUGCAGGAUGGCGAGGACCGCGUUGUUUUCACGGGUGACACCCUGUUCAUUGCAGGAUGUGGUCGCUUUUUUGAAGGUACCGCCCCGGAAAUGCACAAGGCGUUGAACGAGACACUUGCUUCUUUGCCGGAUGAUACUAAGGUCUUUCCCGGCCACGAGUACACCAAAGCCAAUGUGAAGUUCUGUCUUGCCGUGUCGCAGUCAGAGCCUAUCAAGAAGCUGCAGGCAUUCGCAGAGCAGAACCAGCAGACGCAGGGCAAGUUCACGAUUGGUGAUGAGAAGCUCCAUAACGUGUUCAUGCGCGUCAAUGACCCCGAGAUCCAGAAAAAGACCGGAAAGACAAACCCCGUAGAAGUGAUGGCGGCUCUACGGGAGAUGAAGAAUGCGAUCACAUUCGACAUCUACCAUGAAUCAACAUACACACCAAGUACACACCAACCAAUCCCAUAUACAACAAAGAUGUCCAACCAGAACGACCCCCCAGGCGACCCCAAAACCGCCAAAUCGCAAAUCCUCGAAACCGGCGCCGCAGCCAUCCAAGACUUCACGCCCGUGAAACAAAUCUGCGCCCAUCUAAACGCCUUCCACGUCUACGUCGACGACCCGACCCGCUGCGUCGAGGCAAAUCACUACUGUUCCCAUAUCACAGAAGACCUACGACAAUGCCUCCUCUACUCAUCACCCGACCGCAACGCCAAACUCCUCGGCGUCGAAUACAUGAUCACGCCGCGUCUCUUCUCGACCCUGCCCCCCGGGGAAAAGAAACUCUGGCAUACCCACGAAUACGAAGUCAAGAGCGGCAUGCUGGUCAUGCCUGCGCCGUCUGGCGUUCCCGCCACGGUCUGGGAGACGGCCGAGACGGCCGAGAUGAGGGAUAUCUUGCCGUUGUAUGGCAAGACGUAUCAUUUCUGGCAGAGGUCCCCAGAGUUCAACUCAACCAGAAAUGCCCAGCUAGGACCGAUGUCGCGCCUACUCCGAGAAACACUGCGAAGGGCCACGCCGGGCGGGGUGUUCCGGCUUACGCUGGACGGCGUGGGACUGUUCUGCGCGUGCACGCUUAUCUGGGAGCAUCUGAUCACGGUGCAGCUCAGUGAAGGGCCGUCGAUGUACCCGACAUUCAGUCCGCGGGGCGAUUACCUGUUGAUAUCGAGGGUGCAUAAACAUGGCAAGGGGAUUGAGGUGGGCGAUGUGGUGCGGUUCUAUCAUCCGACGUUUUUGGGCGUGAAUGGGGCCAAGAGGGUCAUUGGUAUGCCCGGGGAUUUUGUCUGUCGGGAUUUGCCGUUUAGUACGGAGGUUGGGAAGAGCCAGGAGAUGAUUCAGGUGCCUGAGGGUCAUGUGUAUGUCGGUGGUGAUAACCUGCCCUGGUCGAGGGAUUCGAGAAACUAUGGACCCAUUCCUAUGGGCUUGAUCAAUGGGAAGAUCAUUGCCCGUGUUUGGCCGCUCUCGAAAGCGCAAUGGGUGCAGAAUACGAUGCAGCCGGCUCAGCUCGACGAUUAA